AUGGCUGAAACACCAAAAUUUCAUCCGGAUUUGACCAUAACCAACGUUAAGUCUCUUGUUCCCAUCACGUUGGAUGCCGAUCAUGGAAUGUAUCACUCUUGGGCGACCCUUUUUAAGGUGCUUGUUAGGGUUCACGAUCUCUAUAAUCAUAUUAUUCCUCCUACGGAGGCGAAGAAGAAGGUUGCAUAUGAAGCCUCUAUGGCCGCUGAUCUUGCUCUUUGGAAGCGGUUGAACGCUACAGUCCUUCAAUGGAUCUAUGAAACAAUUUCCACGGAUCUUCUUCAUGAUAUUAUUCUCAAGGACGACACUACUCAUGGUGCUUGGGCUCGUCUCGAGUCUAUGUUUCAAGACAAUAAAGCCUCACGAGCCUCUCAUCUCGAACAAGAGCUUGCUGACCUCGACUUUAAGAAUUUCUCAUCCAUUGAUGGUUAUUGUAAUCAUAUCAAAUCACUUACCAAUCGUCUCACUGAUGUUGAUGCUCCGAUUCCCAACAGCCGGCUCAUUCUCAAGGUCACGGCUGGGCUCCCAGAGGCCUAUGCCAGGAUGGUGGAUUUCAUUCAAAAUCAAGAACCUCUGCCUUCGUUCGAAAGUUGUCGAUCUCGUCUAAAAUUGGCUGAGCGGACCAUCAAAAACCUUCUAGCUAAGGAGGGUGGUUCCACCAACCGCCCACAGACGGUCUUUGUCUCAACCUCCACCACCCAGCAGAACACUGACGACUCCCGUUCGAAUUCCAGAAACACUAAGCAAAAAAAGCCCAAAAAUUUUGGAAAAGGCCGUAAUGCUAAUGUGCCAGCCCAACAACAAUCUGGACAGGCCUCUGGACCGACAUGGCAGCAGUAG